AUGGACCCGCCAAGCACUCCAUCAAAGCCCAAGCGCACCCAGUGCGUUCGCCUGCAGUCACGCUACUUCUCUACCCCCAAGCGGAAGGACACUACGUCGCAUCCUCCCUCGCAACUUGUGCUCUCGCCCUCCACCCCUCGAACAACGUCUUGUUUCUUUGAGCCAAAGCUUGAUAUCGACGGCUUGCUCAGUGAUCCAUCUUUUACUGCCUUUUACGAGCAGUUUGUUUCCUCCAUGCUCGAUUUAUUCUAUGCGAAACCUCUGUUGAUCCAAGAGUAUGUGUUGCACAGCCCUUGGAAAGUGCUCGUAGCCGUCACGCUAUUGAACAAAACUGCCGGACAGAAAGCCAUCCCAGUCUUCUUCGAGGUCAUGGAGCACUGGCCUACUCCUGCCGCGCUUGCAGAGGCCCCGCUUUCGUUGCUGUUUGAGUUGCUCAAGGACCUAGGCUUAGGAGACAUGCGUUCUCAGCGACUGGUCGACAUCUCCCAGGCGUUCCUCUCCGAUCCACCUCAGGCGGGAAUCCUGCGCCCCUCUCCAGGAAGGACCACUGCUCUCUUACUCUCCGACGAUUCAAUUGUAGUGAAAGACGUCAAGUACCCUCCGACUCCCAUCUCCCACAUACCCGGCUGCGGACCGUAUGCCUUGGACUCCUACCGCAUAUUCUGCACGGGAGGCGACGAGUGGAGAAGCGUUCGCCCUACAGACAAGGAACUUGUCAAGUACCUCCAAUGGCGCUGGGCCGUAGAAGCAUAUCGUAAAUGGGACCAGACGUCUGGGCCGGGCGAUUCAAUCGACUUGGACUACAUCCGAAAUCUCACCGCCUCGCUGACGAAACACCCGAUCGCUCAUUAA